AUGGCCCAUGAAUCUGCAGCCGCACUCGCUGCACAGCUGCUUCGUCUUGACGAUUACGAGCUCCUGUACACCAUCGGCGAGGGCCGCCACGGCAAGGUGAAGUUGGGCCGACACCUUCCGACCGGGACCCAGGUGGCCAUCAAAAUCAUCCAGAGGCCGGGCGUCGACAGAGAUCCGAGACGUGGUCUGCAGGAAGUCCGCUGCAUGCUGGGCUUGCGUCACCCAAACAUCGUGCAAUUAUUCGAGGUGAUCGACACCGACAAAUCGUCAUUCCUUAUAAUGGAACAUGCGAGUAGAGGGGACUUGGGGGGUUACCUGGCGACCCAUGGUCGCAUGGAAGAAAGUGCGGCCCGACGCACCUUCCGGCAACUUGUGUCCGCGGUACAUUAUUGCCACGAAAAGGGGAUAAUCCACAGGGACGUGAAGCCACAGAACGUGCUCUUAGACUGUAACAUGGACGCCAGACUUGCAGACUUUUCAAUGAGUACACCAUUCAAUGGCAGCAAGCUGAGCACGUUUUGUGGCACCCCCCUGUACACAGCCCCAGAACUCUUCCAGCGAAAAGGGUACGACGGUCCUCCAGUGGACAUCUGGAGUCUGGGGGUGGUGCUGUACCACAUGGUCACUGGCACCACCCCUUUUAAGGGAAAGUACUAUAUGGAGCUGGUGACGCACAUAAUGAGUGGGAUCUAUACUGUACCACCGUACAUAACAGUCGAGCUGCAACGCCUCCUCGGCAAAUUAAUCACCAGGAACCCCGCGGACAGAAGUUCUCUAACGGAAAUCCUGCCAGACCUGUGGCUAAACAGCGGCUACCUGGAGGAGCUCAGGCCUUUCGCUGAGCCGGACAGCGACGACCUGGACCCCCGUGUGGAACAGCAGAUGCUCGACAUGGGCUUCGAGCGGGAGGAGAUUCAGAACGCGUUAGCACAGAAUACGUACGAUAACAUCAUGGCGACGUAUCUGAUGCUAACUGCAGAGAAGUCCAGGGAACCGAACCGCACCAGCGUGUUAAGGCCCUUCAAAUUGAUUGAGCCUAAGGACUUUCUUCGCUCCGCAGAUACGGAGGCCGAGACACAGCCGCGGCCAAAGGACGUGGAGCCAGGGCAGGGGACCGAGGAUGCCGCAGGACCUUCAGGCAGCCCGAGGUCCAGGAAGGCCACACCCGGACCCAGCCCCAAGUCCAGGAAGGCCGGUCUCCAACCCAGCGCCAAGGGGAAGAAGGUCACGCCGCGACACAGGCCGCAGCUGAAGACCGCCUUUCCCAGACCCAGUCCGAAGUUGAGAAGAGCCACUGCCCGAGCCAGCCCAAAGUCCACAAGUGCCACUCCCAGAACCAGCCUGAAGUCCAGGACCGCUGCCCAACCACCGGACUCGGACUCGGACUCGGACUUGGACUCGAGGCCCACCACUCCUCCACCGACGGCGGAGUCAGGGGUGAGUCCCACCCCUCCCCCACCAACGGCGGAGGACUCAAGGCCCACCCGUGCCCCACCAACGGCGGAGGACUCCAGGCCCACCCGUGCCCCACCAACGGCGGAGUCAGGACCGAGGCCCACCCGUCCCCCACCAACGGUGGAGUCAGGGGUGAGUCCCACCCCUCCCCCACCAACGGCGGAGGACUCGAGGCCCACCCCUCCCCCACCAACGGCGGAGUCAGGGGACGGAGGACUCGAGGCCCACCAGUGCCCCACCAACGGUGGAGUCAGGACCGUGGCCCACCCGUGCCCCACCAACGGCGGAGUCAGGACCGAGGCCCACCCGUCCCCCACCAACGGCGGAGUCAGGGGACUCGGACUCGAGGCCCACCCCUCCCCCACCAACGGCGGAGGACUCGAGGCCCACCAGUGCCCCACCAACGGUGGAGUCAGGACCGUGGCCCACCCGUGCCCCACCAACGGCGGAGUCAGGACGGAGGCCCACCCGUCCCCCACCAACGGCGGAGUCAGGGGUGAGUCCCACCCUUCCCCACCAGUGCCGGACUCGGACUCGAGGCCCACCCCUCCCCCACCAACGGCAGAGUCAGGGGUAAGUCCCAUCCCUCCCUCACCAAUGCAGGACUCGGACUCGAGGCUUACCCCUCCCCCACCAACUGCGGAGGAGAUGAGGACCAGCACUCCUACACUCAAAGGGGAUCCGAAGUAUGCCACCCCUAGACCAGCCCCCCAGUAUGGCCCUGGGGACUCUUCCUCCACCCAUAAUACCAGCAGCACCAGGAGCAGUAGCAGCAGCUGUGGAAGCGCAGAAGGAAAAAGCCAGGGCCGGCGGGGACUGGCUAGAAGGUGCUUCCAUUUUCUAAGGAAGCUUUGUUGCCUCCCACUGAAGGAGGGGUACUACAAAAACAAUCAGAUAAAGCCCAUUUAA